GCCCGGCCGCGGACUACGACUCCCGCCAGGCGCCGCGGCGCAGCGCAUGAGCCCUGCUCGGCUCCGGCGCGUCUAUUAUGCUGCCGGGGCCGGCGAACCCAAGAGGAGCCGGCCGCGCGGGCCGGAGAGGGACGGCCGCGGGAGCCGCCGAGGCCAAGUGCUGCCCGGUUGGGCCCAGAAAUGGGAUGUCAGGCCUCCGAAAGGAGCAUAGUGGAAGCGAGGGCCUCGAGCGGCUGCUGUGACGGCCAGUGAGUGAGCCGCGGAGGAUGUCCACCACGACGACGGUCGCCCCUGCGGGGAUCCCGGCAGCCCCGGGCCCGGUGAACCCGCCCCCGCCGGAGGUCUCCAACCCCGCUAAGCCCGGCCGCAAGACCAACCAGCUGCAGUACAUGCAGAAUGUGGUGGUGAAGACGCUCUGGAAACACCAGUUUGCUUGGCCCUUCUACCAGCCCGUGGACGCAAUCAAGCUAAACCUGCCUGAUUAUCAUAAAAUCAUAAAAAACCCAAUGGAUAUGGGGACUAUUAAGAAGAGACUAGAAAAUAAUUAUUACUGGAGCGCGAGCGAAUGUAUGCAGGACUUCAACACCAUGUUUACAAAUUGUUACAUUUAUAACAAGCCCACAGAUGACAUAGUGCUAAUGGCCCAAGCCUUAGAGAAAAUUUUUCUGCAGAAAGUGGCCCAGAUGCCCCAGGAGGAAGUUGAAUUAUUACCCCCUGCUCCGAAGGGCAAAGGCCGGAAACCGGCUGCAGGAACCCAGAGUGCAGGUACACAGCAGGUGGCGGCUGUGUCCUCUGUCUCCCCAGCAACCCCCUUCCAGAGCGUCCCCCCCACUGUCUCCCAGACGCCUGUCAUUGCUGCCACCCCAGUGCCAACCAUCACUGCAAACAUCACGUCGGUCCCCGUUGCCCCGGCUGCUGCCCCACCUCCUCCCUCGACGCCCAUCAUCCCUGUGGUCCCUCCCACACCACCUGUAGUCAAGAAAAAGGGCGUGAAGCGGAAAGCAGACACCACGACGCCCACAACGUCCGCCAUCACUGCCAGCCGGAGCGAGUCGCCCCCGCCACUGUCAGACCCCAAGCAGGCCAAGGUGGUGGCACGGCGGGAGAGCGGGGGCCGCCCCAUUAAGCCGCCCAAGAAGGACCUGGAGGACGGCGAGGUGCCGCAGCACGCGGGCAAGAAGGGCAAGCUGUCGGAGCACCUGCGGCACUGUGACAGCAUCCUCAAGGAGAUGCUGUCCAAGAAGCACGCGGCCUACGCCUGGCCCUUCUACAAGCCGGUGGACGCCGAGGCCCUGGAGCUGCACGACUACCACGACAUCAUCAAGCACCCGAUGGACCUCAGCACCGUCAAGAAGAAGAUGGACAGCCGUGAGUACCCAGACGCGCAGGGCUUUGCUGCCGACAUCCGGUUAAUGUUCUCCAACUGCUACAAAUACAACCCCCCAGACCACGAGGUGGUGGCCAUGGCCAGGAAGCUCCAGGACGUGUUUGAGAUGCGGUUUGCCAAGAUGCCGGAUGAGCCAGUGGAGGCGCCGGCUCUGCCUGCCCCCGCGGCCCCCGUGCUGAGCAAGGGCGCUGAGAGCAGCCGCAGCAGUGAGGAGAGCUCCUCGGACUCGGGCAGCUCGGACUCGGAGGAGGAGCGGGCCACCCGGCUGGCCGAGCUGCAGGAACAGCUGAAGGCUGUGCACGAGCAGCUGGCCGCCCUGUCGCAGGCCCCGGUGAACAAGCCAAAGAGGAAGAAGGAGAAGAAGGAGAAGGAGAAGAAGAAGAAGGACAAGGACAAGGACAAGGAGAGGCACAAGACAAAGUCCGAGGACGAGAAGAAGGCCAAGGUGGCCCCACCCGCCAAGCAGGCCCAACCGAAGAAGGCUCCCACCAAGAAGGCCAGUAGCACGGCCACGGCCAGCAGGCAGCCGAAGAAGGGUGGCAAGCAGGCAUCAGCCUCCUACGACUCGGAGGAGGAGGAAGAGGGCCUGCCCAUGAGCUACGACGAGAAGCGCCAGCUCAGCCUGGACAUCAACCGGCUGCCCGGGGAGAAGCUGGGCCGGGUGGUACACAUCAUCCAGUCCCGGGAGCCCUCGCUCAGGGACUCCAAUCCUGACGAGAUAGAGAUUGACUUUGAGACUCUGAAACCCACCACUUUGCGGGAGCUAGAGAGAUACGUCAAGUCUUGUUUACAGAAGAAGCAAAGGAAGCCAUUGUCCACGAGCGGGAAGAAGCAGGCGGCCAAGUCGAAGGAGGAGUUAGCUCAGGAAAAGAAGAAGGAGUUAGAGAAGCGGCUGCAGGACGUCAGCGGGCAGCUGAACAACAACAAGAAGCCCGCCAAGAAAGAGAAAGCGGGCUCCGCGCCCUCGGGCGGCCCGUCCCGGCUCAGCAGCAGCAGCUCCUCCGGCUCUGGGAGCAGCAGCUCCAGCGGGUCCAGCUCCGACAGCAGCGACUCGGAAUGAGCCCUGGACGCGGAGCAGAACCCGGACAGCGAUGUCGCCCACGCCCAGACUGCAGUGGUCCCUCCGAUGGUUAAUAUACUGCUUUCCUUCCACGCUGUGCAGGUUUCCUUGUUAACUCAGUGUUAUGGUAUCUUCCAGUUUUUGCUUUAAUAGGUCAGAGCUCUUUCUCGUGUGUCCGUGAGGCUUUAUGAGGAGGUGCGAGCCCGCAUAAAGUCUUUUCUUCGUAACUGAGUCCAGUUGCUUGGAGAUGGCAACUUCCAGCGCUGACCUGAUGACCGUAGAAAAACAGUGUCAGAUGUGAUCUGAAGUCUCUUAGGCCCGACCUGGUCUGUAGCUCCAGAAGGAAUUGUUGCAAAGGAAGUUUCUCUGAGAUGGUACUGUACUGAAGGCUGUCAGCUUUGCCAACAGGCCUCGUCUCUGUCCCUCGGCCCCGAGCUCGGCCCCGGGGCCGGCCGGCUCGCCUCUGGCUGCGGGGGGGCCGCGGGGGGUUGCGCUGCGGCCACGGGCUCCGGUCUGGGCUUCUGCAGGGGAGGGUGGGGAGAGCUGGGUGGGCGCGGAGGGAGGGGCGCCGGGAGCUCCCAGGAGGGAACACGGGGGCCGCGCGUGCCGCGCGCAGCUUUCCAUACACUGAAACUUUUACCUCAACUUAAAAAAAAGAAAAAAAGGAAAAAAAAGAGAAAAGAUUAAAAAAACAAAAACAAAAAACAAAAGGAGACUUUUUUGUAAGGUUCAGCCGUUUUCUACGAAGUCCAGCCCAACGUGUGUCCCCAGCUCGUGAGCUGCCGCUGCCGCACACCCGGGAGCUCUUUUCCCAGUUUCGUGUAUAUAUGAACACUUUAUUUAUUAACAUCAUUGGUCAUUUUUUUUUAAAAAAAAAGAAAAACAAAACUGCAAAGAAACGCAUUAAAAAAAGCAGCAGACGUGCAGGCCUCUCAGAGUGGUUCGCAGGAGAGCCGCGGCCCUGCCCGGAUGGCGGACUGUGGCCUCCAGGUGCUGGCCUCCCACCACUCGCGCUGGUGCUCAACCCCGGCCGCGCGCCCGCCCCCCGGCCCCCCCGCGGGGCUCGGGCCUGCCCCCCGUGUGCGCGUGUGGGUUUGGAGACGUACAGGCGUAGACAGCCGCCAGCUGCAGCACAUUCUCAGUCUUCGUUCUGUGUGUUGGGUUCUUUUGUACUCACUUCUGGUCUCUCUAGGACUGUUUUAAAAGAAAUCAAUUUAGGGAACCCCAGUUAUAUAAUAUAAACUUUGUAAUCUGAGAGAAAAAAAAUGUAUAGUAAAUCUAAGUCUUGAUUUUUAACUUUCUAUUGUAAAAAAAAAAAUAAUAAUAAUAUACAGAGUUUAACAGAAGGUUAUGUUUUGGUUUUGUUUUUCCCAGAGGCUGCCCCGCGGCCUUUGAGUGCAGGGACGCCCCACACGGCCCGCCUGAGCUCGGAGCAUUGUGGCUUCGGCCUCGAGUGCCAGGGGCCGGCCGUCCAGGCCCCCCCGUGGGGCGCCCCUCACCUCCCAGCCCCGAGGGCAGGGGCCGUGGGGCUGUGGGGCCGGAGGAGCCUCUGGCCGCAGGAGGGUUUGCUCCUCAAAGGCCACGCCGGGCUCCCUGCUCGAGCAUUUUCCCGCUAGCACAGAAAUGACUGAGAUAGGGCAUUCUCCCAGACCUCCCUAGGAGGUGGGUGCUGGGGGCGGAGCUGCGGGUGCCCUGCCUCGGGUCUGGUGGCGAGUUUCCAGGCGGACGGGGGGACUGGUCAUCAGUAUCCGAGGAGGGGGGCAGUCUUUACAAAUCCUAAGAUGGAUUCAGGUUCCACCGGCCCUUAUGGUCACAGAUGCCCUUGCCGGACGCGGCACUGAUGAGGCGGUGGGUGGUGGGUUACCAUGUUUCUUACUGCUGGUGAUUCUGACGCUUGGUGAGUUUUGAGCCAGUUUGUUAAACUUUUCAUUAAGUUUUGUUUAUAAUAAAAAUAUAUGUGGAUUUUUCAACUUGCCAUUUUUUAGAGUUACCCUUGUGUUUCAGAGGUGUUUUCUAAGCAGAUCUGUAACGGAAUAUUUAAACUAGGACUUUAAUACAUGACACGAUGGAUGGUCUUAAAGCAGGAUCUCUCUGGCAACGUGCAGCAAGCGCGCCUCCCCGAGCAGAGGGUGCUGGGGGGCGCGUGGGGGGCUCCCAUGGAGCACCUGUCCAGCUGCGGGCAUGGUGGGGGGUGGUCGCCUGUGUGAGCCGUCAGGUCGGGGAGCGUGUGGUCCUCGAGCCCGGCACAGUGCAGGCAUUUCAGAACACUUCACUGUCCGCUGGCUCUGCGGGAGACAUGGGUCCUGGAUCACCUCUGCCCCUUUCCCCUGCCCCCAGGAGGAGGCCGCCAUGCGCAGAGGGCUGCCGUCCAUCCUGAGCAGUGUAGUUCAAUGGUGCUGUGGUUUCUUAAGGCUUCCUGUGCAGACUUCAAAGCCGAGUUCUCUUCUGAGUUUGGGGGAACGUCCUCAGCCCCCUCGAGGUCAGCCUGUGGGUGUUUGCCAUCUCCACGUCUCUCUGUGUCGGGGAGACCGCAGCUGGACAGGCAGGGCUGUCGUGUCACGGAGAACCUGAGGGCAGAUUUCACGGCCUCUUCUCGAGGGGGAAGGAACCAUGUGGUUAGGAGGUUGGCCUCACGGGAGCCCCGGAGGCCCAGGGGGCAGAGACCCGUGCUCAUGCUGGGCGGCGUCACCUUGCUUACAAACUGUAAGAUAUGUUUUCUUUUCGUUUCUCUUUUUGUUCUUAUGCAACAUCCACGUCUGUGACAGCCCUCUGGGGAGAACAGCACCCAGAGAAAGGAUGCGUUCCCCCCCCCCCAGUGUAGCCUGUUUCUCAAUACUGGCAUCACGCUUCCAGAAGUUUUUCUUUUUUAUAUUUAAAUUGUUACUUUUCUGUAUGAUGUGCAUGCAAGUUUACCGUAACUUUUCUUAAACUUUUUAGUGCCGUUUCUAGUAUAUUCCUGUAAAUGUCAGUUACUGAAAAUGAGUCCAAUGUAAGUAGUUUUAGCUUGUUUAUUGCAAUGCUGGCCUCCACACAACAGAAUAAAAAUGGUAGAAAGUACUCUUUGAUGUUUCUGGUAAUCAUGGACCCUUCUCCUGGGGCAUUUGUUUUGUUUUCAUAAUAAAACCAAAAAAAAAAAGGUG